CCUAGAACCAAUUUGGACAUGGCUAGAAUUCGCCAAGAGGACAUGUGUAGGUGCCGUGGUAAGCUUAUAACCUCCCUCAUUUCCAUCUUCAAGGCACCUCCACACUAGACUUCUCUAUCAGCUGUCUCUUGCAAUGUCCUCUCUGGAUCCUCCCUAUAAAGCUAUUGCCACGCGCAAAAAGGCCAAGCAGAACGCUCUCAUCCCCCCCCAAUGGCGCAUAACCGUCCCGCAUCCAGCACCCCUAUCUGUGAUCUCCUUCCCCCACAGGUCCUAUAUCCUCACGCCCCUCGAGCUUGAGAUCACCUCCCAGCACGAUGCCACCUCUCUCGCCGCCGCAAUCGGUUCCCGCACCUACACCGCCCACGCCGUGGCACUCGCCUUCUGUAAACGGGCCGCCAUCGCACACCAACUCACCAACUGCCUAACGGAAAUCUUCUUUGAUGACGCCCUCGCUCGUGCUAAAUUCCUCGACGAGGAAUACGCCCGCACAGGGAAAACGCUCGGCCCGUUACACGGCGUUCCCGUCUCUCUCAAGGAUACCUUCAAGGUGCGCGGCUAUGACGCCUCCAUUGGCAUUGCCAGCCUGGCCGAGAACCCAGCGCAGGAGAACUCCCUCCUCGUGGACGUACUCCUGCAGCAGGGCGCCGUGCUAUAUUGCAAAACCAACGUGCCGCAGACGCUCAUGGCACUGGACUCGGACAACAACGUCUUCGGGCGGGUGUUGAACCCACACAACCGGCGAGUCACGGCGGGCGGGAGCACCGGCGGUGAGGGUGCGCUGGUCGCCCUGCGUGGUAGCGUGCUCGGCGUCGGCACUGACGUUGGCGGCAGCAUCCGCAUCCCCGCCAUGUGCAACGGCGUGUACGGCGUGAAGCCGUCGCGCGGGAGGGUCCCGUUUGCGAGGCAGGAGACAGGGUCGAGGCCUGGUGGCGCUGGCAUCGCGUUGAAUGCGAGCGCGGGGCCGAUCGCGGCGAGCCUGCGAGACUGCGAGCUGUUUCUCGCGACGGUGGCGGGUGCGCGGUCGUGGGAGAGAGACCCGGAGGUCGUGUAUGGUGGGUGGGAGGAACAGGGCACGGCUGGGCAGGAGACGAAGUUGCUCGUCGGUGUUCUCUGGAGCGACGGGGUGAUCCAGCCGUUGCCGCCGGUGAAGAAGGUCCUAGAUGAGACGGUGCAGAUGCUAAGGUCAGAGGGUAUAGAGGUCGUGGAGCUCCAUGCCCCGGCGCUCAAGGAGUGUCCGUCACUGGUGGACAAGUUCUACAGGAUGGGCGGGGCCAACUACAUGUUUGACCUGCUAGAGAAGACAGGCGAGCCGUUGACCGAGUGGCUAGGCCCGCGGUUAAAGAGGGGGAAGAUAAUAAAGAUGGGCGGGCUCGUGGCGAUCCACGCGCAGAAGGAGGCACUGGAGGCAGAGAUGCUCAAGAUCUGGACGGAUGCCAAGGGUCGGCAGAUCGAUGCGUUUAUCUGUCCUGUGGCACCACAUCCGGUGCCCCCGAUUGAUCGCUGGAAUAGCGUAGGUUACACGAGUAGCUUCGUCCUUCUGGACUAUCCUGCUGGCACGCUGCCGGUGAGGGAGUUUAAAGAGGAGGACCUGCACGAUGAAUGGACGGACGAUAGCGAGCCACUGGGUAGCUGGGAUGAGUAUAACAGGACAUUAUGGGACAAGAAUAGCAUUGAUAGACGGGUGUAUCUCAACACCCCGUUAUCUAUCCAAGUUGUUGCUCCGCGGCUGCAGGAGAGGAGGCUCCUCCAGGCCAUGUCGAUUAUUGACGACGUGGUGAAGAGGAGGGUAGAUAUCCCUCAUGCUCGAUUAUAGGGUAUUGUGAUGGUGGUGCCGCCAUUUCUUGACCUCGGGUGCCAAAUGAUCAAGGUUGCACGCAAAUAUCUUACCCUCGCCCGCUAGAUCGGCAUGGUUAAUCUCUGCUUCUAAUAAGAGGAGAGCAAUAUACAAACCCAUCCCUUAGAGAUCGCUGUGAGAUAUUUGUAUAUGUCUGGGCCAACUUAGGCCGUCAAUUUCCUGAAAGAGCCAGCUAGCCGCAAGUUCAUGUUAUCGCUCGAGAAUCUGAUGUCACAAAAUACAAUGCAACGUAAGCUACCAGGGAGGAAGGUUGGCCGUUGUCUGUAAGUAUGUUAAGUUUUACUUUAGAAAAUUAGUGUCUAUUCUAGUCUUACGGAUUUUGGCAUAAGUUAAGAGGUCAUUCUUUACAGAACCCGAAAAGUAAAUAGGUUGCGACGCCUAAUUGGGCUCUUCUCGGAUCAGUCAUGCGGUAUAAGAGUCUAACCUCUCUAACGUAGUCCGAAUAAUCACAUAAUCGCGGAAGUCAUUUGCCACAAUCAUCUAGGCGCGAUGGGCGGUUGGUUAUUAGUAGGUCUUGUCCAAAUAAGUCCAAAAGUCCUAAAUUUAGAGGAAGAGUAAUUCCUGUCGUACGUGUCCAUGGAAACUCGCAUCGCGGAUUAUCAAUAUCCUUUGAUUGGCUUGAUGGAAUUAUUUGCGCUUGACCGUAUUUGGACAAUAGCCUAGAAACCCUGCGAAGCAUCAAAUGAAAAGUUUGGGGUAGGGGAAGCCCGUCGUGUAAGUGACUAUACAAUCUGUGAAAUAGGGAACGCGAGAAUAUAACCCCCCUGCCCCCUGGUGAAUCUGGCCUUUUGGUUACUACGGAGUAUUCCAUGAUUUGUAAUUUAGCGCCGGGCACGGAGGGAAACCGCGUCCUUUUCGGGGUUGGCUGGCCGGGAACAGCAAAAGCACUAAGAGGCAACGGGUUUAUAUGAAGGGGCAGGAACGAGGCAUAGUAUCCGGCGGAAAGAUAUAUCUCUCCGAUUUCCUUAGCUAUCUCAUUCCCAGCGCAGAUAUUCUCAGAGAUUUCACAGCCAUUGGUCGGCCCACAUUAUCAACCUGGGCGUUGCUCUCGAAAUCUGAUAACAAUGCUAAGGGGUACUCUUGCUGGGCCACGUCUUCCGGCCCCACCGGACGAAAUGGCUAGCAUGCCGACCGGGCCAGUACCUAUCAUUCGCCGAGGAUUUAAGAAAACGGGGCACUGAGUGGAUUUAAUAGUCUCAGCUCUUUAUUUCUUAGUACUAUGAAGUCUAGUGCGAAGCAGCAGCAGCAGUAGCAUCCGCUCUAUCCUGCACCACCUUUCUCACAGCAGGUCUUCCCUCAACCCUCUCCUUCCAGCACCCUGUCUAGCACACCCAGGAAGCGGAGAACUUCUUUUCCGUAGCGCUCGAUGGCCGAAGGCACGUAUUCGGAGUGAUGGAAGGAGAAGAACUAGAAAGCUUGGCCAAAAUAUGGCCCUUGGCCCGAAGCUUGGAAAUAUAGAAAUUGUUUGAUAUGGUAUUUUCCAGGGAGUGUAGAAUAGCUUAUCGUGCUGGCUUCGUCGUAGGUGUCGACGAGGUAUUCGAUGAUAGCACAGGACUAAGAGUGGCAUAAGAAACACAGCCUUUUUGUGCAUAGGGAAAGAAUACUUACUUCCCAGAGACUAACUCCAGUAUUGGGGUCUUCAAUAGCAGGAACUUUACCAUUGGGACUGAUACGCUCAUAUUCUGGCAGCUUCAAUUCAUCUGACUUCAAAAUGUGUGUCUUAUAGGGCAGCUUGAGCUCCUCGAGAACGAUGGCCACUUUCCAUGGGUUGGGCUGUCAUGCACGUCAGCAUGCG